UUUUUUUUUUUUUUUCUGAUUGUUCUUUUUUGUUUCUCCAUUACAUAUAUUUUCUUUAUCAUUUUUUUUUCUUGGUGUGAUUGUUUCUCUUUUGUCAUUUACAAAAAAAUACCACUCGCUCUUGCCGUAAAUAAUGAAAUUCUCUCAUUCACUGCAAUUCAAUGCAGUGCCCGACUGGAUUGAGAAAUAUGUUGCUUAUGACAACCUGAAAAAGCUGAUAUUCCAAAUAGAAAAGGAACGUGUAGAAAAUGCGAAUAAACAGCACAAAGAUGUGGAAGCCGAAGAAGUAAAGCAAGACGAUGGCGAGGCUCGAUUUUUGAACGCUCUCGACUUACAACUCGAGAAAGUGUUCGACUUUUAUACCCAGAAAGAGUCGGAACUGUAUACCCAGCUCGAUCAACUCGCCGCAACCAUCGCAGAUCAUGUGGGAGAAGAACUUGAAGGGGAACAGCAAGGCUAUCUGAAACCUUACCCAAACGGUGCAAGCGCGUUGGAGAAUCUCGACUCCACCUUGAACUUACCGCAGAUGGUCUCCGAAAAGGUCCCUGUGAAAGAUCCAAACCAAGCCAACGCACUAAGACGCAAAUUAUCGAGAAAUUCACUGGAAUCGCGCAUGUCUCUUCAAACCACCCAUUCCGCCUCGCAUUACGUGGAACAGCUCUCGGAUUUGCGUGCCCAGCUGAUUCGCUUAUACGUUUCGUUAUCCGAGCUAGAAUCCUAUUUGGAUCUCAACCGCAGCGCAUUUGAGAAGAUUCUCAAGAAAUAUGACAAGGUCCUUGAAGGCAACUUGCGCCAGCAGUACCUCCAAAAGAUGGUUCUAGAUUCACGCCCUUUCAUGCCGCAGACCAUCGACACCCUUCGGUCGCAAAUCGAACGGGUCGAAAAACUUUAUGCCAACGCUUUCUGCAGCGGUAGCCGUCCUAUGGCAAUGCGUCAGAUGAAGACCCAUUUACGUGAUCAAGUCACCUAUGAACGAAAUACCGUCUGGAAGGACAUGGUCCAUCAGGAGCGUAAAACCCAGGAUGCUCACGUCAAGGAACCGCGACCUCAGGCAACAGUGAAAAUCCCAUUCGUUCCCUGGUCCAUCAAGAAAAGUACCUUGCGUCACGUCCUGUGCUUCCUUUUAUCCCUUGUCGCAUUUAUUAUUUUGUUGAAUGUCGACUGUUUCGGUAACCGCCAGGAAAAUUAUUGUUUCGCUCUCCUUAUCUUUGCCGCCAUCAUGUGGGCCACGGAAGCUAUUCCGCUGUAUGCGACUUCCAUGCUGAUUCCAUUCCUCAUCGUGCCUCUGAAUAUUAUGCGCAAUGCUGAUGGCUCUGCUAUGACCGCCAAGAGUGCCGCCAAAGCCGUCUUUGCUUCCAUGUUCAGUGGUACCAUCAUGAUGCUCUUGGGUGGUUUCGCUCUCGCCGCCGCCUUGUCCAAGUACGGUAUCGCCAAAGCAUUUGCUUCCCACGUUUUAUCGCGCGCUGGUACUCGUCCCCGAUGGGUCUUGUUGGCCAUCAUGUUGGUCGCCGGUUUCCUGUCCAUGUGGAUUUCCAACGUUGCUACACCGGUGCUUUGCUUCUCUUUGAUCGAUCCUAUUAUGCGUACCUUACCUGACGGUUCUCCUGUUGCACCCUGUCUCCUUUUGGGUAUUGCUUUGUCCAGCUGCAUUGGUGGUAUGACUUCUCCUAUUUCAUCUCCUCAGAAUAUCAUCACGCUGCAGUACAUGGACCCCAAUCCUGGUUGGGGUCUAUGGUUCGCGGCCGCUUUGCCCGUCUCCAUCAUCUCCCUCUUUGUUUGUUGGGGUAUCCUUCGUUUGGUAUAUCGACCCGAUCGCGCUACUCCUCAUCUGAACCGCAUCAAGCCAACCAAGGGCAAGAUUACCCUCAGCCAGGUGUUUGUCAUGUUGGUUACCAUUGCUACCAUUGCUCUUUGGUGUGCCGAAACCGCCAUGGAAGACCACAUUGGUGACACCGGUGUGAUUGCCGCCAUUCCUUUGUUUGUAUUCUUCGGUACCGGCAUCCUUGGUAAAGAUGAUCUCAAUGCGUUUUUGUGGUCCGUCGUCGUUUUGGCCCAAGGCGGUAUGGCUCUCGGUCAAGCCGUCACAUCCUCCGGACUGCUUCAAGACAUUGCUCUCCGUAUCAAGGACGGCAUUCAAGACCUCGAAGUCAUUGCUAUUUUGGCUAUCUUUUCCUUCCUUAUCCUGGUAUUUGCCACCUUUGUGUCUCAUACCGUGGCUGCCUUGAUUAUUGUCCCCAUCGUCAUGCAAGUCGGUCAACAUUUGCCUGUUCCCCAUGCCAACCUGUUGGUCAUGGGCGCCGGUUUGGCCUGUUCCGCCGGUAUGGGUUUGCCAGUCUCGGGUUAUCCCAAUAUGUCGGCCGUCAUGAUGGAAGAUCCUACCGGAAAACCUUAUCUUACCACCAAAGAUUUCAUCAUCACCGGUAUUCCUACCAGUAUCAUUGCCACGCUCUUGGUGUUUACACUAGGCUACGGCAUCAUGUCUGCCAUCGGCUACUAAUCCCAUCUCCGAACCUCUCAUCUUUUUUGUAUUCUCACUUCAUCUCAUUUUUUUCCCCUCUUUUUGUGCCAAGAACCCAAAAGUGUGUUAUAUAUAAGACUUAUUUUUUCCUAUUUAUGCUUCGCCUUGUCUUGGCCUGUUCAACAAGCCAAGAAAGGUGCAAGGCUACCCUUUUGUGUAUACAUUGUAUCUAUUGUUCAAUCAUGUAACAAUAAUCCCCAUACAGAACUAUUAAAAUGUUGAUCCACAUGUCAUUCUUUUUCUUUUGUAAGAAUAAGGUGGGGCCCCGCCUUUUAUUGGAGCCGGUAGAAAAAAUAAAGAUGAAAGUGGAAGUACAAAGUGGGGAGCGAUGAAA